UUCAUCCAGUCCCUUCAGCUCCCUCAAAACCCUCACUCUCCCCUCGCGCGGUCACCUCACCCCGAGCACACCGCCCGCCCAGAGCGAGAGCUCAAGGCCGUGGUGUUCUCCUGGCCCCCAGAUCCCGUCCGGACCACACAUCCGACCCCCACCCCCCCUCCCGGGAAGAGGGCGAGAUCCCCGCCGCUCGGUUUUGUUUCAAUGCCCUGGGAACCCUGUCUACAAAAAUGACAGCUCGAGCCCUCUGGCUUCUCUGUUUGAUCAUCGGAUGGUCCCCCGAAGCCCCGGUGGCGGAGAGAAAAGCCCCGCCGCCGCACCGAAAGCCUGGCGCCCGGGAGACGCCGGGGCCGCGCACAGUGCCGCUGCCCGAGUUCGCGCGCCGCCCGCGGUCCACGGACGCAGGGCCGCGCGCCUGGCCCGAUCCCCGGCGCCGGAAGCCCGCGCCGCCCGCUGACAACCGCGCCGGCUUCCGGGAUGCGGCGCGCGCGCCCGCGGGGCUUCCGGGCCCGCGCCUCGCCCAGGCGGACAACCGGGCGUCCCCACCCGAGGACUCCCCGCGGCGCGGGCGCUCUCGAGGCCCGCGACUCCCGGCCUCGCGCGCCGCCGGCCCCGCCCACCCGAACCGGCCGCGCGCCGCCGCGCAGCCCUCUGGAACCCCGCAGGCGCUGGCGCCCGAGGACGCCGAGCUGGAGACCCAGCCCUGUGCGCGCGCCUGCAGCGCGGACGCGGACGAGCGCGAGGCUUACUGCGCCAGCGAAUUCGCAGCCGUGAACGGAAUCGUGCACGACGUGGACGUGCUGGGCGCGGGCAUGCGGCUGGUUACUCUACUGGUGGACCCCGACGGGCUGUACAAGAUGAGCCGCCUGUACAUCACUCCCGACGGCUUUUUCUUCCGCGUGCACAUACUAGCCCUGGACUCCUCCAGUUGCCAUAAGCCGUGUCCAGAAUUUAAACUUGGGAGCCGGUAUAUUGUGAUGGGCCACAUCUACCACAAGCGACGGCAGCUCCCUACUGCUCUGCUCCAGGUCCUGAGAGGGCGCCUGCGUCCAGGAGACGGGCUGCUCAGGGGCAGCAGCAGCUAUGUGAAAAGAUUUAACCGAAAACGGGAGUGGCACGUUCGAGGUGCCAUCCACACCCGGUGCAUCUGAACACACCAACCUGGCACUUGUGACUCCCAAGAGAUUUAGAGCUCAGCAGUAAGACACAAAGGUGGUCUUCACCGAUCUUCAUGUAGCAGGGUUCUUCUGUUUGAAACUGGGCCCACAGCUGAAGAACUGGUGCAGCUUCACUCCAAAGCUGUCACUUUGCUUACAAAACGCUGACAAGGUGUGCUCCAGAGCACAGUGGGGGAGUCCCACAAAGUAGUAACAGUUACCACACGCCCCGUCAACACAUCACACCACUUCCUGUUUUUUAAGUUAUUUUAAUUUAAUACAUCUUUUUCAGUAGAAAUAGUUCACAAAACCUUUCUUGAAUUUAAAUAUACAACUUUGAAUAGUAUCUAUCAUGUGUCAAGCCAGAUUUUGUAUUUAAAGCAUCGAGUUUUAAGUUCCACACGAGAGUAAACAUCCCCACCACAACUCAUUUACGUAUGACAUGUCGUUUAGAUGAGACACGAGGGUCAGAGCCCAGGCUAAGUAUGAAAAUUAUACAUUUCAAGGGCUAAUUCAAGCAAAACACCAUUCAAAGUGUGUUCCUGAAUCACCCCUGUGUACUGUCAUGCCUCCUUGCUCCCAAUAACCUGUCUUGUGCCAAACUGGUGUCUAUUCCAGCACGUUUUCUGGUGGAUCUGAUGUCAUUUUUCUGUUAAGAGCCAGGAUCACCAUUGUGUUUGCAAAGCAGUAAAUCUUGCCUUGAAAUCA